ACAAGAUCUAAAUAUAUAAACAAAUCAUUCGAAUAGGUCAAUACAUUCACUCUUUCGUUCGUAUUAUUUUUCAACAACGUUCACUCGUUCAUGACCGGUUUACCUUCAGUUAGAAGUGACGCUCACCCGCGGUUACUGUCUUCGGAUUUAAAAGAUGCUGGUCCAGGUGCUGCUCAUCAUAUCGAGCGCGGCGCUCUCCAGCUGCGACGUCGCCCACCUCGAGGAGAUCAGCACGGAGCCUCCGCCACCGAGACCCUACGCCUUCUCCUACACUGCUGGCAGGUACCCCGGGCACGCUGACCGACAGCAUGCGGAGGUCAGUGACGGCAGCGGAGUUGUUAGAGGAACCUUCUCCUACGUGGAUCCUCGUCACAAAGUUCGCACGGUAGACUAUGUGGCUGAUAAGGAAGGAUUCCACCCGGUGCUGAGUGACGUGCCACCAGAACACCCGGCGGAUUCUGAAUCAGUAGCCGCAGCAAAGGACAGACACUUCCAAUUGUACGCCAAGAUCGCUGAAGAGCAUGCCCAACACCCGUUCCCAGACGAAACAUCAGUACCCAGGCAAUCAGAAGCAGUUAAAGCGGCUGCAGCGAAGCACGCACAACUCUUCAGGGUGAUAGCCGAACAACACGCGAGGAUCGCCGCUGAACGAGAGUUGUUGCAACAGGAGGAAGAAGAGAAACUCCAUCUACAGGAACUUGGACAAGAACAAUAAAUGUUGGACGUUUAAUUUUAGCAACAGUGACUAAGGAAACCGACCAUUUUGGGCCUAGCACGUUACAGGAAAAAAUAAAUAACGAAAAAUCCCUGAUUUUAUAUUAAAUCAAAAUCACAGAAAUAAAUUAGAAUAACACAGUUGUUAACAUUUCUUAAACUGUGUUUUAUGCAUUUUAUAAUGUAGAUACUUGCUCAUGUUAUCUUGGUUAGGCAACUGUCUAUCAAAAUGAAAUUGAACCAGUCUGAUUAGGUAAUAUUAUACUUUAACUAGCGGGCGGAUGCCCGCGAUUUCGUUCGUGUGAAACUCGAUGUAAUCUUUCAACUACCCCUACCUUACCCCUACCCUAUCCCUACCUACCUACAUACCUACAAUUUCGUAUUAGCAACGUAAUUUAGCGUUCGUUAGUGAAUUAGACUGGGGGCCUAGUAAUGUAUUAAAAGUGGUUGGUCUCCUUUAGUAACAAGUAACACUCCAUCUGAAUUUAAUUUAUUUGAGAUCAAUAAACAACAUCGGUUUCGUCGGGUGAUGCUAGUUAUGAACUUCAAAACAUUAUUUUGUUGAUUUUAUCUCCAUUUUUGUUAGUAAACUUUUUGGUUUCUGAGUUAUAAUGCAAAUACAAAAUAUUAUAAAGGUUAUCAAUAACAGUAGAUUGUAAAAAUAUGGUGAAUAACAUAUAAUUAUGUAGCAGUAAAUGUGAUAUUGAUAUAGUAAAAGACACGAAUACAAUUCUUUGAAAUAUUUAGUUUAUUACAGACAUUUUCUAUUUAGGAUUUUAUGUUUCCAGUCACGAAAUAUUAAAUGUUACAUUUUAAAAUAAUAAAUUAAAUAUAUAAAUAUAAUUUAUUAUGUUUAAAUUAUUUUGUAUAAAAGCAUUUGUAAAUAUUUUAUUAUGUAUUUACGAGUAUUUCUAUAUACGACAUUAAUUAUGUUACAGUUAUUAGAAUAAGAAGUGCAAUUAUCUAGAAAUUAACUGUAUUGUUAAUAUCACCUUUUUGUUGUUUCUACUUUAACCGUACUAGGUCAAACGUAAAAGGUUAAAAAUAUUGUUUUGUGUAAUUAUUAUAACAAAAAUCGUGAAUGAGUCGUGUUAUUUUAUAUUUUUCUAAUUUUUUACAGUUGCCAUAAUAAAAAAAACAAGAAAUACCUACACAA